GCCGAUAACAGCUACCAUCGCAGAAAUCUCCCGUUUGGGCACUGCGGCAAGCAUGGCUACCGCUGCGAUUGUUCAGGCGGAGGAUCCAGGUGCUGAGAGGAGAAAGCUUUUGAGACGAAUGUCUCCGGAGCUGAUCAAGGAGAUUUGCAAAGAACGCUCCAUGUGGUCGCAGCCGCACUUGAACACACAGCUCUAUUUGAACUACAAAGGCUUCGAGACGAUCGAAGGCUUAGAGGCAUAUAUCAACAUCAGAGCGCUGUACCUUGGCAGCAACAACAUCGCCAAGAUUGAUGGCCUCGAUCGCAUGUCAGACCUCCGCACAUUGCACCUGGAGGGCAAUCGUAUUAGGAGCAUCGAGAACCUGAGCUCCAACUUGGAACUUCGUCAGUUGAAUUUGGAAUCCAAUGCCAUCAGGCACCUGGCCAACCUGUCCCAUUUGACAAAGCUUCAGCACCUGAAUCUGGCAAAGAAUGCCUUGGCAUCGUUGGCCGACUUGGAGGAGUUGAAGUCCCUGCCCAGUCUAGAGAACCUGGAUGUCUCGCACAACUGCAUCGAAGAGACGGAAGGCGUCAUCGAAUUCUGGGCUGAUUUGCCGGCAGAGCUCAAGAUCCUCCGCUAUCACGGGAAUCCAGGUGUACGCUUUAUUGAACACUACAGGAAGCGGCUAGUCAAUGCACUAGCGUCGCUCCGAUACUUGGACGAGCGCCCCAUCUUCCCCGUGGAGCGGAAAUCCAGCGCUGCUUGGGCAGAGGGCGGCUUGCAGGCCUUACAACAAGCCAAGCGGGACCAUUUCCAGGAGCAAGUCCGCUUGCAGAACGCGGUAGAGCCUGACCGAAGGGAAUUCCUGACGCAGCAAAGGAAGUUGGCGAUUGCACGAAUCGAGAGAGAGGAGCGUGAGCGACAAGAGCAAGAGGAAAAGCAGGAGAAGGAGUGGACCGCAGUACAGCGAGGUGAUCCAGCAGCAGUGGAUGACUACACCAAAGCGUGGCGUGACAAGCUGCAGAAGUAUGGGGCAGAGCAGUUGCGGGACGAGGCGGCUGCUACUGCGGGUGUGCAGGACACUCGCACCAAUGGUCGAGCAAAUCCCGCAGCAGAAGCAGCAUUGGCAGAAGCGCAGCGCAAGGCGCAGGUGGAAAAGAACAGAUUGAGUGCCUACCAAAGCAAACAGGGCAAGGCUUUGACUUUCGCGCCUCCCUCCAGAGAGCAUGGCAGGCCUACAGAGGCACCGCCAGCUGCUCGUGCAAGUAAUGUCGCAGACUUUCGGCAGAGCGGUGCAGGUGAACUCGACUGGAGCGACCGACAGUUCUCAGUGUUGUCCGAGACUGACGCUCCGAAUAUUGAAGAGGACGAGGCAGCGGCACUGCAGAUGAAGGUGAAGCCUGAGCAAGAGAUAGUUCCAGACCUCUGGCGGAAUAUGGAGAAGGAAAACAAGGAAGCUGAAAGCAAGGUUCACGAGAUGCACGCAAAGCUGUGCGAAGCCGAGCCUAAGGUCAUGAAGAGCAAGGGUGCGACUGAGCUGGGGGACCUGGAUUAGAAGUGGAACAUGCGCAAAAAAGCGCAUGGACCUUGGACCAUCUACAUGUUAUACCGAUAAGUUAUAUCAUAUGAUGCUUUUUGUGGUGUCACCUAUAUAUCCAUCUACUCGUACCUUAUGCUUUU